UAUUUAGUAUAUAUUAUUGAUGCUGAAGACACCAAAAUAUUGUAUAAUAGUUAUUCUACAACAGGAGCAGGUUCCAAUUAUUUUGAAUUCCAGACAUAUUGCUAACUAAGAAUUUUUAAGAGUUAAUCUUAGGCAGAUUGUAACCUUGAAGGUAGCAACUGAAAUUAAGAAAAAAACUAUUUGUGAAAUAUAUUCCUUCAGGAAAAUCUCACAAAGGAAUGGCUAUUUGAAAUAGUUCAAAGCUGGAAUGGUUUCUAGGCUAUAACAAAAUAAAUUUGGUUUAUUUGGACUUUGAUCCACUACUAAAUUUUGGGUUUGAGGAAAGUAUCGCUUUGAUAUUAAUAUGGCAACAAAAAUUUUUAACUUGGAAACUGAGUUCUGUAUGGCCUGAUGUAUGUAGGAAUUAUGUUAAAAUAAGUAAGUUACUUUGUAGAGACAACACAACCAGUUCAUACAUCUGGGUGUGAAUUUGGGGAAAAUCUAGUGGAAGUCACAGUUGAAACACUUCAAACACCUAACAGUCCAGUAGUCUUCAGGCUUCUUUGGUUCUGGACUCCCUCUAGUGUUCACCCUUUUGGUGCUUUGAUUGGUACUCUGCAGUUCAUAGAAUUACCAAACUUUGGGUCAUAUUAAAAACAAAACACACAAAGCACAAAAGAACCAUACAACCCGUUAAGACUGGUUUUCCACAAGAGAAGACUGUUACGUUAAAUGUGGAUGUUAAAAUGGUUGAAACAAUAAUGUUGCAAAUAGUCUGACUUAAAGAGACAAAGUAGAUUCUGCUCGCUGACUAGAAAGGCCAGUCGGAGUAAUAGUUCUGCUACGAGUGAGUAGGUAAGGUUGAAGGUCCAGAAACAGGAUUCCUGGUUGCUUUUGCUUGCAUCAUAAGGGGAAGACUGAACCUUUCAGGCAGAGUAUGAAGUGAACAUUUCCUGGGCACAUGGGUUCUACAAGGUCAGAGAAUUCUAGUUUGACUUUGUGUAGUGGGUUGAAUUGUGUCCUCAAAAAAGAGAUAUUUAGGUUUACCUGGAACCUCAGAAUAUGACCUUAUUUGGAAAUAGGGUCUUUGCAGAUGUAACUAGUUAAUAUGAGGUCAUAGUGGAUUAGUGUGGCCCUUAAGUCCAAUGCCUGGUGUCCUAUAAGAAGGCCAGGAGAAGACACACAGGAAAGAAGUGAUGAUAGAGACAGAGAUGGAGUGGUGCAGCUACAAGCUAUGGAACACCUCGGAAUUCUGGCAGCCACUAGGAGCUAGGAGAGAGGCAUGGAACAGAUUAUUCCCUAGAAGAAAGCAUGGCCCUGACACCUUAAUUUUGGACUUCUAGCCUCCAGAACGGCGAGAGAAUACAUUUAUGUUGUUUUAAGCCACCCAGUUUGAAGUUAAUUUGUGAUGGCAGCUUUAGGAAAUUAAUACGCCUUGCAUAAAGUCAACCUUUUAGCCAAAUCCAAAGCAACUUGUAGUUUCUUCCAUAUCAUAUCCAUAAAAUCUCAGCCUCCACCUCAGUUGCUUUAAACCAAUGCAGAAAACUCUAAGCUUGACUGAAUUUUAUUUGCCUCCCUAUGUUUUACACCAAUUGGCUUUGGUUAUGCCUCUUGGCUCUACCUUAUAAAAAGUCUCUGGCCACUUCCACGUGACCAUACUAAAAACUGUGGGGGGGGGCCUCUUACAUUCAUUCCAUUAAACUUUCACCUCCAGGUCAGUUCUGCACUGUAGCCAUACAGAAAUCUACCAGCUCUUUUCCAUGACAGACCCUUAAAUAUUUACGACAGUUAACACGUUCUUAUUAAGUCUUCUUUCCUUUUUCUAGAUCCUCAAAGCUUCUUGGAACCUGGAAUAAAAGUGAUCUUCAUAAGUGGAAGAACAGGCAUCAUGACAGAAUAAUUUGAUGGGCAUUUCAUUCACAACUUCAGGGGUCAGUAAAUAUAAUGUUUGGUUUUUUUUUUCUGAAAAUGCAAAACUGUUACUGAAGUCUUAAGACCAAAGAGAACAGAAAAGCCAGUGGGAUUAAGAGAAAGAAGAAAAUAGGAACUAACGGGUGACCUACCCAUUUCAGGACCUCCUGCUGCUACUUUCUGAUUCCUUUUAAGUUGUUCCAGCUUGGGAGCUAGAAAGGUACAGCAGAGACCAGGUAAGUUACUAUGGAAUCCAUAAGUCUGUCAGAAUCUGCCCUGAAGUUUGGAUAGAAUGAGACCAGGAAUUGGCAUUGAUCUUAAGACCCUAGAUCCAACAGUACUUUCCAAUGAGAUGAAAAGUCUGCUAUAGUCUGCAACUGAUUACUUGCACAGAUAGAAGAAAAACAAAAACUCUCAGUGACUUAUGCACUCUAUCUGCAACUUCAAUUUUGUCACCUCAUAGAUUUGGGUUGCAGUAAAGGUGGGAAAAAUGUGAGUAGGAUAAAAACAAAGCUUAUUUUCUUGACUUUGAAUAUCUGCAGUUCUUUUUGAUGAGCAAAGUUAAAAAAGGAUAGGAAAUGUAGUCCAUCUGAUGACAAGGGAAGAGUGAUUCCCGGUGGAGAAGAAAGGUUGAAAAAUAGCAGGAAGCAGUCUUAAUAAUGUACACAAGUAUCGCCUCUAACGCAGGACUGUGCCCCAGACAGUACUUAUUGCUUGAACAGAGAAGUUGUGAUCAGGUAUCCUUAAGCUGUUGUCAAAGAACAUUCAAAGGACUGAAUGGGAUUCAGAAAAAACCCACAAAUACAUCAGAUGACCUGGUUUUUCUUCCCCUUUCCAAGGCAUUUUAAAUGCCACACUGUACUUCUCUCUUGCAAUGCUGGUGCUUUUCUAUAUUAAGGCUGUGCAUGGACCUUCCAAACAGGUUGGGACCCCGGUUAUUUAAAGCGCCAACACUGUUUUUUCAGCUAUCCCAAGUCACUUAUGACAUAUGCACCAGAGCACCCAAUACUCUACCCAUGAGAGUAGUCAGUUUCUUUUCAAGAUAGCAAAAUCUCUAGGCUGAUAUUCCAAAAGCGGCAGUGCGUGCUGCUCCAGUCCGUGGGCCAGAGAGAGUGCAAUGCCGGUGACGCCCUAAAACACUCAGCCACAUGCUUAGUGACCUACAGAAGUUAGGUCACCCUGCCUCCCAGACACCUGCACCGAAGACCAUCUCCGUAAAGAUCUGGGAUGUGCGACUCGGUUUCAUCCAAGCGGACACCAGCACAACAAACGAAACACCGGGGAUAGAGCGUAACUUCGUGUUUGGCCCUUUCCGCCUCCAAUCCGCGGCUAGCAACCCAGGGCCUUCUCUAACGCAUGCGCGUAAUCUGCUUCCGGCCAGGGAGUACGGUGUUCGGGCCUUUCGGGCCCGGGUGGAACGCCGGCCCGACUUUCCUCGGCUUCGGAUCCUCAGCGUGAAAUGGCUUGGGACUCGGCUCCCUUCCCUGAAGGGCCGCUCUUACAGCUGCUACCCUUAGACACCAGAGACCGGGGCACCCAGCGCUGCCGCCUAGGCCCAGCCGCCCUCCGCGCCUUGGACGCGCGCUUGGGCUCGGCGGUGAAGAUCUCGCUGCCCGACGGCGGCUCCUGCCUCUGCACCGCCUGGCCGCGGCGGGACCGAGCUGACGGCUUUGUGCAGCUGGACCUGCAGUGCGUUAUCAUUGGCACUCCCACACUUAAACAAAGAAAGGCAAUUCUGCAAGUGAUUACCUCAAAGAUGCCUGUCUCUAGUCUUGUAGACUUGGGCCGCCUUGCAGAAAUGACAGUUGGCUAUGUUGGCGCAGAUUUGACAGCUCUCUGCAGAGAGGCCGCCCUGCGCGCUCUGCUUCGUAGUGAUCAGAAUCAGGACAGCUCUGUGAUCGAUGAAACAGACUUCCUUGAAGCUUUUAAAAAGAUUCAACCCUCAUCGUUUCGAAGUGUCAUUGGACUAAUGGACAUCAAGCCUGUUGGCUGGGAGCAGAUUGGUGGCCUUGAUGACGUAAAACUGAAGUUAAAACAGAGUGUUGAAUGGCCUCUGAAAUUCCCGCGAGAAUUUGUCAGGAUGGGCCUGAAACACCCAAAGGGCGUUCUCCUGUAUGGCCCUCCCGGCUGUGCUAAAACCACCCUGGUGAGGGCGCUGGCGACAAGCUGCCAUUGCUCCUUUGUGUCAGUGAGCGGCGCUGAUCUCUUCUCACCUUUCGUUGGAGAUUCAGAAAAAGUCUUGUCUCAGGUAUUUCGACAAGCAAGAGCAAAUACUCCAGCAAUUGUAUUUUUGGAUGAAAUUGAUUCAAUCUUGGGAUCUCGAUCAGUCAGCCAAACAGGAUGUGAUGUUCACGAGCGAGUUCUUUCUGUCCUCCUGAAUGAAUUGGAUGGUGUUGGCCUGAAGACCAUAGAGAGAAGAGGAAAUAAAUCAGAUCGACAGGGUAAAUACCAGGAGCUGGAAAAAAGUGAAGAGGUAGAGUUCCAAGAAGUUUUUAAUGGAAAUGUCAUGAUUAUUGCAGCAACAAAUAGACCUGAUGUGUUAGAUGAUGCUUUGUUACGGCCUGGAAGAUUAGAUAAGAUUAUUUACAUUCCACCUCCAGAUCCAAAGGGCAGGCUUUCUAUUUUGGAAGUCUGUACAAAAAACAUGCCAGUGGGGCCUGAUGUUUCUUUAGAAAACCUAGCAGCAGAAACCCGUUUUUUCUCUGGAGCUGAUCUUAGGAACCUCUGCAGAGAAGCUGCCUUGCUGGCUCUUCAAGAAAACGGACUAGAAGCAACCACAGUGAAACAGGAGCACUUUUUAAAAUCACUUAAGACUGUAAAACCAUCCUUAAGUCACAAGGACUUGACUUUAUGUGAAAACUUAUUUCAGAAACAAGAAUUGUUCUAACUCAAGAGCAUAUUUAAAAAUGAGUUUACACCCUUGUUGAAGGAUUAAUUGAAGUGUGAACUUGCCCUGUGGUUUCACAUCUUCACAUUUUUAGAGUGUUUGUGUUAUUUCAUGUAAAUAAAAAAUUUGUGUCUGAUAAGCAAGGGUUUCUCUUAUCUCUGAAGGGCGUAUCAAAAUGCCAUGAUUUAAGAAGAAAGUAUAUAUGUGUGUGUUUUGAUUUUGUUGUGGUUGUUUUUGUUUUUUUAGUUGAUUUGCUUUUUUAACUUUAUUUUGAAAUAAUUUCAAACUUACAGAAAUGGUGGAAGAAUAGUAUAAAGAACUCUUGUAUACUCUUAAAUUGACCAGUUUCUAACAUUUUGCCACAUUUGCUUUAUAUAUGUCUGUAUCUAUCUCUAUACACACAAUAGUUUUCUGAACCAUUCGAGAAUAGGUUGUGUACAUCAUGCUCCUUUACUCUUUAAUACUUCAGUGUAUAUUUCUUACAAAUGAAGAUAUGUAUAUGACCACAGUACAGUUACUAAAUCAAGAAAUUUAACAUUGAUAUAAUAUUUUAGUAUAUUAUCCAUAUUCCAGUUUCAUCAAUUGUUCCACUAAUGUCCUAUAUAGUAAUUUUUCCCCAUGUACAGGAUCCAGUCUAGGAUCACACACUGCAUUUAGUUGUCAUGUCAGUCUCUCUCUUUUUUUCAGUUGCCGUAGAGUCAAUUCCAACUCAUGGUGACCCCGUAUGUGUCAGAGCAGAACUGUGCUCCAUAGGGCUUUCAAUGGCUGAUUUUUCAGAAGUAGAUCGCCAAGCCUUUCUUCCAAGGCUCCUUUAAAUCUGUAACAGUUCGUCAGCCUUUAACAUUUUUGAAGAGU